AUGAUUGGUAGCCAACCACCGAUCAACGUUGGUGGCGUUUUUAAAAGACAGAUACACAAUUAUAUCAUCAUGUACAUGAAAUCAAUCAUUGUUUUCCUUUUCGCCGCUUUUGCUCUUGCAACUGCCGCCAAUUCAUACACCAACUUUGCAGGAACAUUUGAAGUUGCAUCACUUCCAACUGACGCACAAGCAUCAGCUCAAGCUUUGAGUGGAGGAGCUACUGCCACUUUUGAAGAUGAUGGAUCAUCUUAUACAAUCUCUUACAAGAUCUCUUUCAACACUACCACUGCCGACUUUACCGCUGCCAAUAUUACUGGCAUCUCUGUAUUCAAUCCAUCUGCCCCAGGUACCGUUCCAUCCGGUGUAACUGGCACUGCCAUCCCACUCGCCAUGAACGGUACUGGUAUCACAGUCAACGGUCUUAACUUCCAAGCUGUCGGUAGUUUCGUUGUUGGUAACCCAACCUACUCUGUCGUCAAGCAACAAGUCCAAAAAGUUGCCAACGCCGACUCUACUGCUCAAUUCUUUGUUGUCGUCUACUAUGGUGGUAAUGCUACCUCUGAUCCAGUCCCAGCCUCCCGUUCCCAACUCAAAUGGGAAAACAAUGAUGCUCCAGCUGGUUCCGACUCUGGUGACUCUUCCAAGGUUGCCAUCUCUUUCGGUCUUGUAUUAUUAUCAUCAGUCUUUGCUUUAUUAUUCUAA